GUGGGGCUCCUGGGCGAUGGGUCAUCCAGCUUAUUCACUGUUGCCACCAACACCACUGAGCCCUCUGCUCAAAGCCACGGACACCGGAGAAAACUGGUCACAAAGACCCGACUGUCAGCUGACAGUGACUCCUGUGCAGCCAGUGCGUCUCCAGACGGCAAGGCUCCAGGGCCCAGGACGCCGCUCCCGCCAGACCCGCUGACCCCACCCGGGACCCCCAGCCGUCCCCAUGCUGGGAAGCGCCGAGCUGUGCUUCAAUGUGGACCACGGCUACCUGGAGGGGCUGGUGCGAGGCUGCAAGGCCGGCCUCCUGACCCAGCAGGACUACCUCAACCUGGUCCAGUGCGAGACCCUGGAGGAUCUGAAAGUUCACCUGCAGACCACAGAUUACGGCAACUUCUUGGCUAAUCAAACGAAUCCUCUCACUGUUUCCAAAAUCGACACGGAGAUGAGGAGGAAGCUGUGCGGAGAGUUCGAGUAUUUCCGGAACCACUCCCUGGAGCCGCUGAGCACCUUCUUCACCUACAUGACGUGCGGCUACAUGAUCGACAACGUGAUUCUGCUGGUGAGCGGGGCGCUGCAGAAGAAGUCCGUGCGGGACCUGCUGGGGCGGUGCCACCCGCUGGGCCGCUUCUCGGAGAUGGAGGCCGUCAACAUCGCGGACACGCCGUCAGACCUCUUCCACGCGGUCCUGGUGGAGACGCCCUUAGCGCCAUUCUUCCAAGACUGCAUGUCUGAGAACACACUCGAUGAGCUGAACAUUGAAGUUCUGCGCAAUAAGCUGUACAAGUCUUACCUGGAGGCGUUCUAUAACUUCUGUAAGGACCAUGGUGACGUCACAGCAGAAGUCAUGUGCCCCAUUCUCGAGUUUGAGGCCGACAGGCGAGCUUUCAUCAUCACCCUCAACUCCUUCGGCACCGAACUGAGCAAAGACGCCCGGGAGGCCCUCUACCCGACCUGUGGCCGGCUCUACCCCGAGGGCCUGCGCCUGCUGGCCCAAGCGGAGGACUUCGAACAGAUGAAGAGGGUCGCGGACCACUACGGGGUUUACAAGCCCUUGUUCGAGGCUGUGGGUGACGGCACUGGGGGGAAGUCGCUGGAGGACGUGUUUUACGAGCACGAGGUGAAGAUGAACGUGCUGGCGUUCACCAGGCAGUUCCACUGCGGCGUGUUUUAUGCGUACACGAAGCUGAGGGAGCAAGAAAUGAGGAACAUUGUGUGGAUCGCCGAGUGCAUCUCGCAAAGGCAUCGCACUAAGAUCAACAGCUACAUCCCGAUUCUGUAACCUGCCCGGGCCACGGGGGCAGAGAUCACAAAUGUGAAGAGGAUGCUUUUGAGCAAAAUAAAAGGAAUUACGUUAGA